CUCGGUAUAAACGUGCCCUAGUUCGUUCACGCCUUUUUUAUGGAGCUUGACAGCAGGACCUAGACAGCCAGUGCUAAAGCCAACUCGGUUCGUUCGCAUUACGACAACUGUGUUCCGAAAAUGCAGAUUAGUCUGCUACUGCAAUCGCUCGACUUGAAGAGCAUUUUGCUUUUUCUCCUCAUAUUCCUUGUAAUUGCCGACUUCCUCAAGAAUCGAAAACCUGCCAACUAUCCCCCAGGGCCAUUGGCAUUACCCUUCGUGGGAAACAUCUUCAACAUCGAUUCCAAACAGCCACAUAUUUACUUCACCAAGUUGGCUGAGGUUUAUGGCAAGAUUUUUGCUAUACGUCUGGGCCGAGAUGAAAUGGUGUUUGUCACUGGCUAUGAAUUGGUGAAAGAGGCCCUUGUGGGCCAGGCUGAGAACUUUGUGGACCGGCCCUUUAGCCCAUUCGCUGACAGAGUUUACCCAGGAAAUGCCGGUCUGUUCUUCAGUAAUGGACAUAGAUGGAGGAGGCAUCGUCGUUACACGCUGACCACACUCAGAAACUUGGGCUUGGGGAAGAAGACGAUGGAGAAUGCCAUCUGUGAGGAGUGCCGCUACCUUCAGGAGGAGAUGGAGAGGCAAAAAGGUGAUCCAUUUGAUCCAAAAGCGCUACUCAACAAUGCUGUUUCCAAUAUAAUUUGUCAGAUGGUAUUUGGACAGCGUUAUGAUUAUACUGAUCAUACUUUCCAGAAGAUUCUCCGCGCAUUGAAUGACUUAAUAUAUCUCGAGGGAACAAUAUGGCUACAGCUGUAUGAGGCCUUUCCUGCCAUAAUGAAGUACCUGCCUGGGCGACACAAUGACCUGUUUAGCCACUAUGAACACAUUGGUGCAUUUAUAAGGAAAGAGGUGGAGAGGCACAAGGACAACUUUGACCCAAACGACCCCAGAGACUACAUUGAUGCCUACAUCACUGAGAUGAAUAGUGGAUCGUGUGACCCCACUGAUGGGUUUACUGAGACCAAUCUGGUUCUAAACUCACUGGACCUGUUUGUUGCUGGGACAGAAACCACUUACACAACCCUGCUGUGGGGCCUGAUACUGCUGAUCAAAAACCCAGAUGUGCAGGAGAAGGUGCAAGCAGAAAUUGACCAUGUAGUCGGGCAGUCACGCCAACCCAGCAUGGCUGACCGAGCCAAUAUGCCGUACACUGACGCUGUGAUCCACGAGAUUCAGAGAGUAGGAAAUAUUAUACCACUGAAUGCCCUGCGGGUAGCUGAAAAGGACACAACACUGGGAGGAUACUUAAUACCCAAGGGUACAGCAUUGAUGACCAAUCUGACCUCAGUGCUGUUUGAUAAGUCUGAAUGGGAGACACCAGGGGAAUUCAACCCAGGUCACUUUCUGGACUCCGAGGGCAAGUUCAGGAGACGAGACGCAUUCAUGCCCUUCUCUGCUGGAAAGCGGGUGUGCCUUGGGGAACAGCUGGCUAGGAUGGAACUGUUUUUGUUUUUCGUGAGCCUGUUUCAGAAAUUUAGGGUUUCUACUCAAGAAGGAGUCGAGUUAAGCCUGGAAGGAGAUGUGGGAGUCACACGCACCCCAUUCCCUUUCAAAAUAUUUGCUCACUCACGAUGACGGAGUAUUGAUCUUUUCAAUAUAUUAAACUUAUGCAACAUUUAUAGGAUAAAUGCAACAUACAUUUCAACACUCAUUUUAGGGCUUUCCCUGUGACAAAGUACAUAUAAUAGUGACUAUAUCUGACCAAGGAUUGUAUGUAAGGCAGAAUAACUUAGAAUAGAAAAUUCAAACUCUGGAACUAAUACAAUUUGUAUUAUUUUAUAUUAUUAUU